AUGUCUACCGCCGAGCUUGCCACUUCCUACGCGGCCCUCAUCCUCGCCGAUGAUGGUGUCGAGAUCACCUCCGACAAGAUCCAGACCAUCCUGAAGGCCGCCAACGUCCAGGAGGUUGAGCCCAUCUGGGCGCAACUAUUCGCCAAGGCUCUCGAGGGCAAGGACGUCAAGGACCUGCUCUCCAACAUCGGCGCUGGUGGCGGUGCCGCCGCUCCUGCUGCCGGUGGUGCUGCCGCUGCCGCUGGCGGUGCCGCUGAGGAGGCCGUUGAGGAGAAGAAGGAGGAGGAGAAGGAGGAGUCCGACGACGACAUGGGUUUCGGUCUUUUCGACUAA